GACGGUUGUGCCCUUCUAUCAAUGCAUGUAAGAUGAAGUCUUGUCAAUAUUUCGGUAAGCCACGGACGAAGUUGUUCAUGCAGGUUUUACUUUCAUAUCUAGAUUACUUUAUUCUAAAGUGACACUGGAUGCGUGUUUGAUAAAUGUGGGGUAGAGAUAGACAGUCUCGUAACAGUUUGUUCUUUCUCUCUCUAAAGUUUGCCAAAGACGUUAGCAACGUUAACGUUAGCAACGUAAAUAUUAUAAGACACCAAGUAAGUGUUAGCCAACACAGCUAUUAACAAUAAGGUAGAAAUUGCACCUUUAGCAGCUACAUGUUCAGAAAAUGCGGAGUACUUGUUAGAUCACAACACAUCCGCUUAUUUUAACCUUUCUUAAUUUUAUGUGCCCGGCAUAUUUUUUCUUCGCAGGUUAAUUUUCUUCAAACUGAAGCCGAAAUGACAGCGGUGCAGAUUCCCCCGAGAAAGAAAAAGUCUCUGCUAAGCAAACUUAAACUUGUUCUUAAGGAGGACAAGCCACGAAGGGUAAGAAUACUUAAAAAUGUCAUAGGCCUACCAUGGGGGAUGGUGCAUCAAGUCAUCUUCGCUCAUGUCACAGCUUGUAAAACAGAAUUAACACUGUCUAGUUGAAAUUAAGUACCGUAGAUGUUGUAACCAGGUUCUUUUUCAGCCUCUAACAGGAGCAGAAUUUGUGCACCAAGUUCUGGACACUGUCCCAAGCUUUUACAGAGCCUGCUUCAAAUGACAGAUUGUCCUAAUAUUUACAAUGGCUUCUUAAUGGAGGAGAGUCAAUGUGUGACUGCAGGGUUUUGUUGCAGUGGCCUUCAUUCGGCUAUUUAGGCAUUUUCUGGGCUGCCUGUGUUUGAUGAGGUACAUGGUCAUGGCCUAAAAUGAUACACAUAAAACUGCCUUUAACCAAUAGGUUUUGAAUGACUUCAAGUUUGUAGAUUGUUCCAUUUUAAUCGUAUUUUAACAAUAUUACUGUCUGCAAAGAAAAAAAAUGCACAGCAUUAAGUGGUUUUUAAUUUCUCUUUAUCUGCUGCAAAACUCCUUAUUCAAAUCCCAGAGCUGAAUGUUUAGAAUUAGAGUGGGUCUGGAUGUCUGCAUUUCUUCUUAGAAACAAAAAGAUUACAUCUGAGAAAAAGUGUUAGCUCGAAGAGAAGCAGCAUAAUUUCUCUUGCCAUGAUAAAGAAUUGUGUUUACUCAAGCAACUUUGUUGUCUCUGAAUAAUAGAACAGAGUCUAUUUUUAAUUCACACAUAACUGGCAGCUUUUAAAUAUUGCAUAUACAGUAACUCCCCAUGCUACAUUAUUCAUUUAGAUUUUAAGCCAAAAUCCUUCUCUGACCUAAACUUGAAAUAGGCUAAGUGCAGUUAGAUGUUUCUGCUACACUGAUAAAAUGGUGCCAGGAGAUUGUCAGGAAAGGAUAUAAGCCACAAAACACUGCAGAUAGGGCUCACUGAAAGAAAAGUAUUCAUAAUCUCUGAGCGCAUGAAAUCAGCUCAUGGAAAUUUUCUUAAUGCUAGCAGCUAAACUGUGUGUGUCAGAGCUGACAGCUUUUAGUCAUCUGUCUUACUGACAGCUCUUGUGCUCAUUAUCUUUUCCCUAUUUCUCCAUCAGGGGUUACAGCUUUGUUCAAUGUGGUGCCUCAUCACUGUUGAAUUUAGAGAAAGAGGAAACAGGCAUCUGUGCGGUCAACAUGAUUGCUUGUCUCCUUUUUUUUUUUUUUGCAGGUGAUUCCUUCUGUUUACACCCAGGAGAUGCUACACUCGACAGAGGAGCGCCUUGCAAACACCAAGGAGGUGCAUCCUCCCUGUAUCCUGGAAUUGCUUGACAUGAGCAAGACGACACAUCACAAAGUAAAUGCCAACAAAUAUUUUGAUAUCUCAGCAGCUUAACAAAUUCUGUGCUUUCACUGAACACAAAAGUAAAACUCAAUGCUCAAAGAACCAGCAAAAGCAUUUGCAGCAGUUGUGUGGUAUGAACAUGAAGCACACAGGAGGCUGAUUCCACCAACAGUAAUAGCUGUAACAGACAACAGUUUACAGAAAUGAUAGGUUUGGCAGGGAUUUCACAUCACCACUUCCAUCUCCAUACAAGUCUCAGCUCCUGCCAACUUUAAUCUUUCUGAGAGGAAAACCAGGGGGAGUCCACCAGAACUUUCAGCUGAAAAAACACAAGAAUCUAACAUUUGAUUUUGACAACCCACCCUCUUAUAUAAGAUUAUCAGGCCACGCAUAUGCACAUGUAAUAAGGUACAUAAACACUGCUUUUAUAAAAACUUCUCUGGCAUACCACUACCAUACUGUGUGAGUGUUUGCAUUCUAAUUACAGACUGUUGCUCCAAUAACCAUACUUUGCUUACUAGCUAUGUUAGAUUUGAGCCGCUAUAGAGAGAACAUUUUCUUUAUAGAUGACUUCAUCUCUUUCUAAAUGAAAGAAUGAAUAUAAAAGACUUAUUAGGAUGGUAAAUGAAACCUGCAUACAGGGAAUGUGCUGUCUGCUGAGGUCAUUUAUAUUGUACCAUAGCUUCUUCCUCUUAGUCAGCAGACACUAAUUUAUGUGCAGAGGGCAACCAAUGUGAAUGAAUGCUCUGUACUUUUAGAGUCAGGAUUUAACAGGGUGCUUAGGGCAGCAAUGCCAUCAAAAGUUUUAAAUUAAUAAAUGCAGCUUCAUCAUAAUUAGGUAGAUCUAUUUUUGAAUCUCACCCUAACCCCACUUUUUUACUUGUCAAAUAUUCAAAUGUAAAUAUAAGAGGCCUCCAUUGUGUCAUGGUUCGUAGUCGCAAUGAUCAGUGGAAUCUUUUUUAAGUCUUCUUUAUAUUCUCAAUUAUGCACAGUUUCAUGUGCAGAACAGUAGAAAGUACUAUAUCACUGACACAAUUUUCAUGUCUGGACAUUAAGUACAGGCUUAGCAUGACUAGAGAGACUAGAGAGAGAUUAAUCUGAGAUUCAUCCACCAACCAGCAGCUCAACCAAAAAGAAAAUCACUACUUGGUAUGUUUUUAUUUAGAGUAAAAAUGCCAAUUAACCAUUCUACUAGGGUCAUGUGAUAGAGUAUUUCUUGAGUAGGUUAAAAGAUGUUCUCCUGUCUUACUCUUAGUAAGAGAACAAAUCAAAGCGAUUUCAGUAAAAAUACUGUACAUUAUAAUGUUAGCUGAAGACUAAUCUUAACUCGGCACGUUUUAACAGUGUUGCUGGUUAACUAAUAACACCAAGUAGUUUCCAUUUCCAUGUUUAUAAUGUUUGUUGGGAGAAGGAGGAUAUUUUGAAAGAGAGGCAUACCUGGAGGGUUUGAUUUUUAUACUGUUUUGUGUCUGUGUCAGUUGUCUUUGGUAGACACUGAUCAACCGCUUUUUCAGCCCUUCCCAUCUGAGCUGGUUUUCCAGAACGUCACUCCUGCGCAGACUUAUCAGUUACCACUGCUACUCUUCAACAAUGACAAGGUGUGUACAUCAUAGACAAAGCAGAGAAUUGUUACACUAACAAAAUGGCUGCUGAGCUGAUGUUUCAUACACAAGAGUUUUUUUCAUGGAAGAACCAAAACAGUUUAAGUUUUCAUCAGACAGCGUGUGUGCCAGUAAGUGUGAAUUGUGUCCUCCAGGAGGAGAAUGAUUGGAAAAGGUCAGGGGGACUGGAGGAGAUUUAUCACUGCAAACUGUACAGACACCAUCAAGUUAUAAUGAAUAAAUCAUUACUUGUGUGUGUACCUGGCUCUCUGUGUCUUGCUGUGUGAGCUUUGUAGUUUUUCUCAAGUUAGUGUAUUUACUUAUUUUUUUCCCCCUAGGUUUCCCGACAAGUGAAGGUGGAGCAGCAGGACUCUGAGUUUUUCCAUGUGGUUGGUCCAGAGGGUGGAGGGUGCAAGGUUGCACCAGGAUUGUCUGCUACUUUCACUGUUUUCUUCGCCCCGCAGGAAGAUAAGGUAAUGAAGACAGAGGGGAGCCUGACUGCUCCAAAGAAUAAUCACACAGAGAAAGCUAGAUUCAGAAUGCACAGUGAAGUACCAAGGUAACCUGCACUUAAGACGCUGGUGUAGAAUUUAGAUCAGAUGAUUAGAUAAAGCUGUAAUCAGACCUGUGGAGAGACAGGGCAAAGGAUGUGGGUAAGAAUGUGAAAUUAGAGCGAUAAUACUGAAAAGUUGGCACUGAACACUGUUCUAAUGCUGUUCAAAUAUGAAACAACAGAUAUGAAACAUUUAAGAGAUUAUUUAAGUCAAUUUUACAGAGUACAUAAAAACAGAUAUACUUUGCAUUCAUAGUAUUUGCACAAAUGUAAAGUAUUGUUUCAGUAAGACUCAAAUGGUUUAGGGUCAUGGGUCAAGUAUUGUGUUACACCAGAACAUCCUUUUACCGUUUCCUUUCCUGGGUGAAAGUGAAACCUAGGAAGCAAAGGUCAACAUGUAAUAUAAUCUUGAAUGUGGGUUUGUCUUGCUUACAGUAGUCACCUUACUUAACUGUUUUUUUUUCUUUGCUUUUAAUUUUGCUUAACCUUGUGUAUAACAGUGAGUUUGGAGAAAACUGUCAGUCAAUUGGCCCCCUGACCAAUCUAGUUUUACAGUAAUGUUUUUAAAAAUGCUUGAAUCACCGUCAAACUUGGUUUGGAUGUUCUUAAAUUCCUGAUUAUAAAAGUGUGAUAAAUUUUAUCUUCAAACUAUUCAUCUGGUAGCAUGAAUGAUUCACAAACAAGUUCUUACAGGGGGAAAUUCCAAGAUUACAGCGGCAUAAAUACAGAUAAAAAAGAGAAAUUAAAGGAUAAAGAAACUUAGAGUUAAAAAAAAGACAUAUACAUGAUCUAUUUACUAUACUUGUGUACAGAAUAUACAUAUAAAUAUGAUUUAUUGCACACUGAAGUCUGACAGCUGCAGGAAGGAAUGACCUGUGAUACCCCUCUGUCACACACUUCGGGUGGAGCAUCCUGUCCCUUAAGGAGCUCCUCAGUGCACUGAGUUCAUCCCAGAAGGGGAAAUUCAAUCGAGUCUCUGCCCAGCAUGGAGGACAGCUUGGUCGUGAUCCUCCUCUCCCCAACUUCCUCCACAAGUUCCAGAGGGCAUCCCAGGACAGCGCUGGCCUUUUUUUAUGAGUUUGUCCAGCCUCUUCCUGUCAGCUGCUGUGAUGCUGCUCCCCCAGCAGGCCACUCCGUAGAAAAUGGCAGAGGCCACCACAGAUUCAAAGAAGGUCUCCAGGAGUGCCCCCUGCCCCCCAACAGACGUCAGCUUCCUGAGUAGACUGAGUCUGCUCUGUCCUUUUUUGUAAAGUGCGUUGGUGUUAUAAUCCCAGUCCAGUUUGUUGUUCACAUGGACAUCCAGGUACAAUUUAGUCAGCUGAUUUAGGUGCCCAAGGCGAUGUAACUAACUUUGGAAUACUUACUGUCUUACAUUUCCAUGUGAGUUAAAGGUAAAAUAUAUGAAUGAUCUCUGUGUGUGCCCCACACAAUCCAGCAAGGAUGUGGUGCAUGUGUGUAGAUUGCUGCUUUUGUCUGCAUCCAGGACAAAGCAUUAAGCAUCAUUUCAUAAAUACAUAAAAAAAAAAGAAAAGAAAACAUUUUUAACAGCUUAAGUGUCUGACAUGUUUUUUUGUUAUUUCCCCCAUCUAGGACUAUCACCACAGCCUGGUCUGUGUAACAGAGAGGGAGCGGUUUGAAGUCCCAAUUCAUGCAAUCGGGCCACGUGCCAUUCUUGACUUUCGUGACGAAUUUCAUUUACCAGUUUGUCCAGUAAAAACUUCCACACAGAGGACUCACUUUGUCCGCAACGUAGGAAACAGUGAAGCCAAGUUUACACUUCACACACAGAGGUGAGAGUCAGUACAACUUGGAAUCUUGGACCAUCUGUGGCCUUAAUUCAUUAAUAUAUAAUUUUAACAUAUUUUUAACACAUUAUAGUUUUAAAGCAAUCGUUCUAAAUCGUUUGGACAACUGUCUGUAGACAGGGGUGUGAAAAAAAUGUACCCUUUUCUCUCUUGUUUCAGUGGGAACGUUAAAGCCAAUGUUUAUUUUUGACAUCAAUCCAUCACUGUAAAAAACACUGAUAGACACUAGGCAACAUUUGCCUCAGCUGGAAUGAAAAACCAAGCUUGAACAUGCUUUUUUAAUAAUUAUUCGUAUUCCUUAUUUGUCAAACUCUGCUUUGCCCCAUGUUUUAGGCCCUUCUCAGUGACGCCCUCUUCUGGUACCCUGGAUGUAGGAGAGGGCAUGCAGGUGACUGUGGAUUUCAACCCCAUGACUGUAGGAGAUCAUAGCAGGGAUCUGCUUCUGCACUACCACACUGGUAGGAAGAAAACACACUUCUGAAAAAAAAAAGCAAAACAAACAAGCCAGUGACACAAAUAUUCUAAGAGAAGUGAGGACCAUAUCUUUGAAGAGACUGGUUUCAGUUGUACAGUCACGUGAUUUCCCUGUUGUAGUGAAAUAUUUAUAGCUGACCUACUCUGCAUAUCUGUUUUUUAGUAAUCAGAGUGUAGCAUUGCUUAGAUGCCUCUACCAAACAAAGGCUGUAAGUCUUUAGAUGCUUUUACUCAUCUUUGUUUUUGAUAUGAUUCUCAGCCUCUUAUCUUUUUUUCUCGUCUUUAAUCAAACCGUUUUCUGGAUUUCCAUUAAAGUGUGCAUUUCUCUCAUGAGACACUUUUAUUUGAUUCUUUUUCUCACAUCUCAGUUGGCUUUAUUUUUUUAGUAAAAAAGCAUCAAUGUCAAUCAGUCUACUUACUUACACACAAACAUGAACUCAAACAGUAAGACCUUGAACAGUAAAAGAAGUAGAGGGAAGAAAAUGGAAGUGGGGAGGCAACAAUUCCUACAAAAAUAGUUUACAUUAUCAGCAGGGUCAAAUGGAGUGGAACUGAAGGGAUGAAUGUGUUUACCAUUAUCACUGAGGUAAACACUGUAAUGAGAUUCUCUUUCAGCAGCAGUGAUGACCCUGAAGCAGAACUUGACUGCUUAACAGUCAUCAUACACACACACACACACACACACACACACACACACAAAUGUGCAUGCACACUGACACAACCAUAGAGAAAAAAAGACGAUUGAUACUGUACUUUUCCCAGUGCAAGCCGAGGCUUAAUGAAAACCAUUGGUAUACAGGGAUUAUACUUCAGUCAGAUGAGAAGCUUGUUAUGUUUUGUUCCUGUGGUUUUAUUCUGUAUGUGUGGAACUAUCUCCAUCACAUUCACAGCCCCUAUCAUUGCUUUCCAUCCAGAGACCUAUCUGUUGCAGCCUAGCACAAAAACAUCCCUCAAGCUGGUCCAAUUAGCACUGCGUCAUCUCCUUCCUAAUUGUCUAUUUUUCCCCAGCUUUAUGUGAACUUGAAUUAUGUGUUUAUGAUUGUGUGAUCUGCAAGUUUUUAAAUCCAGCAUGAUACUUUAACCUUGGAUGUGGUUGAUAAGAAGUCCCUAAUGAGGUACUUUGGGGUUUGUGUGAGUAUCUGUCUGUUUGUGUCUAUACUCGUGGCCAUGAAGUGAAAGGUGGCAUAAGUAAUAGUCAUGAGAGGAGAGUGUGUAACAUCCUCAGGGAGCUGCAGUGUGAACAUUGUAAGGAGUUAGCUUGAGAUGGCUGUGGGGUAUAAAAUUUACUGCUUUGUGAAGCUCCCUCUGAGGUACCAGUUAUCUUCCUCCUCUCUCCCCUCUUCUCCCCCCCUCUCCUCUCCUUUCCUCCCCUUAGCUGCAACUUACAUCUUAAUGGGCUUAUCAUUUACAAUACUCUAUCUUUCACUAUAUCGUGAUUGUCUUUUAUAGUCUAUCAUUAAAAUAGUAGCUCUUUCUUAAGCUGUCAUGCACCAGAGGAGUGCCCAGGCCACAUGGUAUUACAAGAAACCAGAAAAUAAAAUAGAUAACAGGAAGAAAAAGGAGAGAUAGGGAACACAUUCAUUUCUGUACAAAUCAAACAGUGACCAAAGACAAAAACAAUAUUGUAUCAUAAGCACUUUAGCACCUCUAAAGCAACAACCAUUAAUCCAACACUAUUGGACAUGUCCUACAAAUUUGACACAAAUUUAACCAGCUGAAACACCUUGUAUGUAAAUAGGGACUGAAGUCUUUCUUUUUUAAAUGCAGAAUACAAGACAGCCACACAUUUCUGAUGUUUUGAAAAAGUCUUUUAUAUUAGAGAAGCAGCAGGGUCUUUGCUCUGGAGGCUGCUAUGUUGGACCCUCAUGUUUUUCACAUUAGCUCAGAAAAGACAAACUCACAAAAAAACAACAGUUUUUGUUCAACUACUAAGGGGUUGCUUGAGACACAGGAGAACGGGGAGGACGGAGUGAGAUUGGUUGUUGUGUGCAAAUUAAUUUGUAUUGAUACUGUUCGAAUAAUAUUGUAUUUAUUUAAUCAUAAUGAAACCAAGAUGAAGUACAUAUAAGACAUAAAUAAGAUCGGGACAGGUCAUGGCAGAAAAUGAGGUUUAUCAUUGUUGUUAGAUGGAAAAUCCUAAAGACAAAUCUGUGUCUGAAGGUUGAUGCCAAAGUUGUCAGAAUUUUGCUGGAGAAUGUUCAUUUGCUCAAAGUGACAUUAGUUCACAGAGAAAUUAAGCUUUAGAUGUCUGAGUUCGUGCUGCUUUUAGAGAAACUGUAAAUGUUUCUUUAGAAUAAUAAGAGCCAACGAUGAGGUGAGGCUGUGCCAAUAACUCAUCAUGUCUUUCUUUUCUCUGACAGUAAUAAGACUCAGUGUCAUUUUGACUAACUACAAUACUUAUAGUUGGCCAACGGGUGGGGUACCACAUGUCUCCACUUUUUUCACAGUUUUUUCAGAGUCCUGAUACUUAACAAUGUGGUGCUGAGAUGAAUUAUGUUUAAUAGGUCAUUACUGAAGAGCAAUGGUUACCAUCAUCAGAAAAUUUCCAGACCUAUUAAACAUAAUUCCUGAAAAGUAAAGUACAAAAUCCGGACAGUAUUAUGAAGAACAGGAGUUAGUAAAACAGCACAAAGCAUAAAAUUUUACUUUACCUUUCAAAAAAACCAGUCGUGAGCUGGUUAAUAUUUUGAAAAAUGAAUGGCCGUCUAUGGGCGAUGUUAAGUGGCUCCACCACACGCUAACACCGGAAUGCUCACUUCCGGUGGAGGCUCAUUUAAAGUUUAGAAAAAUCAAUUUCUAUUGUCAGGUGUAAUAUUUUAUUUCCACAAAGUCUGUUUUGCUAAAUACUACGCACGUAACCUUUAAAACAGCUGCUAUGCUAUUGUUUCCAAUAGAACAAUGCAUCUGUAGAUGGCCUUUAAGAUCAUAAGGGUACUCUCAUGUGAUUGAAAUACAUAAAUAAAUCACCCACUUGUCAUCACCCAAUCACCCAACACUCAGUUAAAUAACUUGACACAUCUGCUUUUGGUUUAUGAGUUUUUAAUGUUUUUUGUUGUUGUUGUUGUUGUUGGCUCUGCUGUUGGGACUCACCACUGCUCAACGCAGCAAACUAAUAAAUCAUUUGUCCUCUUUAUUUCCUAAGGUGCAAUUGCUUGUUAAAGUCUGUUAUAAUAGACCUGGAUUGGGCAAUCUGUUACUUUGCUUGUUUGUGAUCAUCUCAUUAAAAGUGGAUUUUUGGGGGAUUCUGGGACUUACAGUAGUUUAAUACUCAUGGUCACCUAUAUUUAGGUUAGCCUUGGUUGCAUGAGCAAGUAUUUGGAGCACUUAACAUUAAAGGCAUAGAGACCAAUCUUUGGGUUUAAUGUGCUGAGUCACUAGGGGAACAAUUAGAUCUAAAAGAAGGAAACAGCAGAAAACAGAUUAUGCAAGUGGGGCUGAGGGUGUAAUGUUUCCUUUUUAUUUCAUCUCAUCCCCUUUUGAAAAACAUAUGCACACAUUAAAUACAUUUAUUUAUAUUUUGAUUUUGUCUUUUAUCAAUUGAAGGCUGUCAAACACGUAAGUUGCCUAAAUCUUUGGUGUUUCACGCACUUCCAUCUCAACAUUGGUGGCCAAAAAUAGCAAAAACGAAAGUGACAGGCUGUGUUGAUUAACCAAGAGAAGGCUUCAGUCAAAAGCAAAUCAGCCUCACUCCUGACCCAAGCUUGGUGCAUCAAAGUCUCCUCAUGAGCUAAUUUUGGCUCUGCAGCUCCCCAGAAGUCAUCUCAGUAGUAAAAUCCCAUGGUGCUAAACAACCACUGAGGAACAGCUAAGUAGCAUGCAGAAAAGGACUCCAGCACACUCUUGUUAGAUAUGCAUCAGCUGGGUGGAUAUUCCACGGUGCACUACCCCGUUUUUUACCGUGAGGCUCUCUCUCUCUCUCUCUUUGUGUGUGUGUGUGAGACAGGAAAUUCUGUGGCACGCUGACACGGCAGUUACUCUGUUAUCAGUAGUCAUACUGAAACUCCAUCACAGGAAAGUCACCUUGUGAAGAAGUGUCUGAUUUUGAUUGGAUAACAGCUGAAGUGUUAUGACUUUAGAUUCUUUAUGCAUUUAUUUGAACUUUAUCAUUUAAUUAUGAUGAUGCUGUUCCCCAGGGCAGGGAGACACUGGAUAGAUUAUUCAUUAUUCAUUGUUCUUUCUUGGUUUUUAAUGAUGAUUGUUUUGAAUGAAAGACGGGAUCUGUAGGGAUACAGUUUAUCUUUUUACUUUUGUUGCAAUGUAAAAUCAUUUUUGCUUGACCUCUAAAAAAUGAGCAGGGGUGCUGUGUGGCAGCAGGCACCAGUAGUAGUGUUCAGCAGCAUUAAGCUUUUAUAAUAGGAAGGCCAGCAAAGGUCCAGAACACCACUUACAGCCCAUCAAGAGAAUAUCAUUUUUAAUUUAGCACCUUUCCCUGACUCCCCUAUGCUCAUGUAUGUUUCAGAUCAGCAUACCGCAAAAGGCUUAACUCUGCUGUUGGAGAAUUUUGCACACGCUGGCUUCGUGUGCAUGUUUGUCGUGUGUCAUUUUGCAUGUGAUGCCUUGCACCUUACACCCUGUGCGACGUUUUUAUUUCCUUUGGUGACUUGAAAGCCAGUGCGGCUUAAAAAAGUAAUAGUUUGCUUGUUCUGUUUUAAAAGUGAACAGAGAAUUCGUGCUCCUCCAGUAACACCCUCCCACCCCGCCACCCUUACCCGCCUCCUCUGUCACUGCUGCUGGUUUAAAUGAGAAGACGGACAGCUCUUAGGCAGCACUGAGGCAUCUGCUUUGACAGGGAUAGGGCACCAAGGGGACCUCAGCACAGCAGCCUUUUAGAAAAGCAGCACAGGCACUCACAAACAGCAAGCAGCUACACACCCAAACUCACACACGCAAAACCUGAGUGCAAGCACGCGCUCUACUCACAGGCACGUAUACUGCAGAGCUGCUGUUUGUGCUGUAAUCAAAGCUAGCUGAGGAAGGUUGAGAAGUUCCCUCACUGUGUACAUAGAAGAAUUAUGGGAAGAUAAAGUUGGGGGGUAGGGGGUGGCCAGCAAUGAUGAAAGCUUGGCAAUAAGCUGCUGCAGCUCUCCCUGCCUGUCAGCUGCUGUCAUAGCACCCUGAUGCCGCGAGAUAAUUGCUUUUCUUUCUGUAUUUCACCAUUCUUUCCUCUCUGCCUCACUUCCUUCUAUCACUCAUCCUUCAUCCUUUGUGUUUUCCCUUCUUCUUUAUCUGAUGGUGUCUCACAGCUUUCUUGUCUUUCUAGUAGAGAGAAAAAGAACUGUCCUUCUUUCAGAGCUGUGUUAGGUUUUUAUAAUUCCCUUUAUUUCUGCCUUUAGGUACAUAAUAACUAUCUCAGUUAUACUUGCCUGUUUGGCAAUCUCUGAAUUCUUUUUAAGUGCUCUUACAAGUGGACAUGUAUGGUGAUUGAAAAAACUCUCACCAGACCUCAUUCCUCUCGGGUUUGUUGGCUCUUUCCCUCAGCUGAGGCUGGGGCUGGUGUGUUGUUGAUUUCCCUUUAAGCUAAAUACCUUACACUGUGAGAGUUUGACUGCCCUUGAGGCUUUCUUGCUACUCAAGAAUGAGGUAUCUCAUGCUCUGAAUUAAUCACUGCUGCUCACUUGUGUUCCAACCUCGGCAGAGAUUGAUUAAAGGUUCUCUUUGCAGCCUGCAUUGAACCAGGUUUGAAACUAAAUGAGAUGGUAAUCUAAUGAAAUUCAACAUGUUUAUUAUUGCGGCAGAUAAAUCUUUAGAAAACUGUCAGUGCUUAGGUUGACUAUUAUGGAGUUUUUCUUUAGGCCAAUUUGUUGUUGUUGUUUUUGUUGUCAGAUUCAGUCUUUCUUGGUUCUGUUUGAUGGUGCGGUAUGGCCCUAUGAAGUAACACAAUGUACUUCUUCGGUGCUUUUAGCCAAGGGAUUGAAGGAAAUAAGUUUGACUCAACCUGGCCACCACCUUUCCCAGGCUUUUUUAACAUAACCCCAAACUCAUUCAGAUGUAAAGAGUUUUUUAAAAAGUGAUUAUUAACUGGCUUUGGUAUCAAGAAUUGUUUUUUAGUCCUUUUAGAGGAUCUUCCGCAAAGAGGAGCUUUGUCUCUUUAGGCAACAAAUUUAAUGUAACUAUGUUACAAGCUCAAUUCUUCUCUCAGUGGUAGAUUGAAUAAAACAAACUCUUUAGAGUCCUUAUUAUUUGUGUGUUUUAGUAGUAGAGUACUGGAAUGUAUUAAAUGUGUUCAAGAUCUGAAAUUUUGAGCAUUCACAUUUUCUGGAGCCAGAAAAGAAAAAAGUAGAAUUGAGGGCUUUAAAGGGAUAUUCUGGCGUAAAUUUAAAUGAUGGUCAAACACACCGUAACACAGAGAUAGACACCCCCCUCGAGAGAUGAAUGUUGCAGACCACUUGCUUCUCUAGUUAUACCAACUUUAGUAACGACCGCAUGAUAGCGAUACACAGCUGUCUAUGUCUCCACGUGCAAACCUCAACCAAAAAGUCACUCUAUAGCCACAAAUAAUGCUCAGAACAGCUACUAACUAGCAACUCUUUUUAGCUUUGCCUGGUUUCUAUAGCAAGAGACCAAAGACGAUUCACCCACUCUCCUCUAGCAGCCGCUUGUUUGUGGGGGGGCCCGGGCGAGUUGAUCACCGAGUGCAGCGGAGUUCUGCAGCUCAAGGAAGAACAUUUAUGACCAUUACUUUAUGGAAAUACAAUCAGAGUUAUUGUGUAUCUUGUAUGUGCACUGCAGACAUGGUAGUUCUUCUGCCUAAGCAUCUCAGUCUGAUUGCAUUUCCAUGAAGUAAUAAUCGUAAUUUUUUUCCGCUGAACUCAGUGAUCGACUUGUCAGGGCUCCCCCACAAACAAGCAGCUGCUGGAGGAGAGUAGGUGAGUUGUGUUUGGUCUCUUUGCUAAAGAAACCAGGCAAAACUAAAAAGAUGUUUGAUGGCUAGUACGAUGACUGGGACCCUAUAUGCACUGUUGAUGAAGUUGGUAUGACUAGAGAAGCAAGCAGUCGGCAACAUUCAUCUCUUGUGGGGGUGUCUAACUCGGUGUUACAAUGUGUUUGACCCUAACUUAAAUUUAGGCCUGAAUAUUACUUUGAACUGCCCUCAUUUUCUUCUGAAUGCUUGCACAGAACUGUAGUUUAAGUGUGCAGCUGUUAAUGCAUUGCUUGGCUUUCUGGCAUUGCCAACAGAAGUUUUCAAAUGUGACAUAUGGUACUCCUUUAACUGAAGAUCUAAAGUACUAAUACAGAAUAUUGGCAGGAGCAUAAUUACCCUAAUGAAAGUGCUAUUUUAAAAUCCACAACUCUGACAAUAACCCCCUCUGAAGAUAAAUAGCUGAGCAAUAUCAGUAAAUAUUGUGAGUUGACAGGUUGAACAGAGCCAGCUUUGCAACAUUGCAGAUUAUAGCCAAUACCUACCUUGUUUACCAAUUAGUUUAGUUCAUAGAAAACCAAUAGGUCUCAUAAGCCAAAAUAUCAUCAGUCACAGAAUGAAUGACUUUAUGUUAUAUAAAAGAAAGAAAGAAUUGUGUGUCAACUCGAUUUUUUUACAUUACAAUGUAAGAUCAUGAAAGGUUUCGAAAAGUAGGUGCUCUGACAAAGCACCUUUAGUUCUUUUAAUUCCAACUGAAAUGUCAUCAUUUGGUUUCUUGGUUGUAACAUUUGAUAUAGUCAUUGGAGAGUUUUCAGUGUAAGAAAGAUUGUCAUUUUAAUUCCUACUUAAUGCUUAAUUUAUUUGGAGUUGUUUUUCAUAUACUUGUCUUCACAUUUGUCCGUACACGUGGGACCCUCCGACUCCAGUUGUAUUUGGUGAAGUCCUUGUUUGCAGCCAUAUUGUUUGACAAAUAAAAUACCAGGUCAAUCCUGGCUGAAUUUUACUUGUGGGUAUUAUCUCUGCCAACACCCUUGUUUUGCACUCAGUAAAGUGUCAUUUGCUGUUGCCAUGGAAACCAAUCACUGAGGAGAGAAAUCUCAGGGCUGUGUUUGUAAAACUCAUCAAACCGCCUAGACGGUGCUCGGCAAAUGUAUUUAGAGAAAAAUGGAGCCUAAAGUCAGUCAUGUGAUUUAUAUUGAUUGAUUUAUACUUCUGAAUGUUAGGAGUGGGGCUUAGUGGCUGUGAGAAAAUCUUGUACCAAGUGUUUUAAUCAGCGACGUUUUAUCGUGACUAAUUUCUUGUUCUGCAUUCCAGUUACCUUUGAAGUCAGAUGUCGGAGGUGGGAAUUACAUUACACCUGAAUUGAUGGCGUUCCAGUUAACAAGUUGGAAAACUAAGAUGGAUGCCUACUGUUAGCCAUUGUUAGCUGUUGCUAACAGUUGUCAGCUGUUGUUAGCUGUUGCCAGUUGUUGUUAGCGGUUGUCAGCUGUUGUUAGCUAUACCAGUUGUAAACAACGCAUAACACAGUAUUUUACUCUUACAAACGCCAUAGCAUCGUGUUCACAAUUAGACGUUAAGCAGUACAACAUAUACUUCUUAUUUAUUUCACAAAAACAAAACAGAGGUGCUCAUAAAUAAUACAUUAGGAGAGCUUUCACUGUUACUCUUAACUGUUGAUGCACUGCGCUGCCAUUUUGGAUUAUGACAUUGUUGUCAAAUCGGGGUUGGUGAGGAUCGUCCAACUUUCCGAGUCAGAAAUCCGACUUCAGGGGGCAUUCCAAAUGAAUUUCUGACUCGGAGCUCAGAAAUCUCGACUUCCGAGUACAACUGUAACGCAGCAUUAGUGUGGGUAAAUGAUGCCAAAGUUGUUUGCUAAGUAUAGUUACCGUUAGCAGAGCUACCACCACCAGGUUGGAAUGUUGCUCAAGGCGUCAGUCAUUUCUUUUAGCUACUGAAUAAUGCCAGCAAUAAAAAACUGGUGUCAAAAUAGGUUUAUUCUUACUCUGUUAUGCACUUGGUGGACAGACACUAUGGGGGAGGUGGAGUUGCGAGCUUAAAGUAAUUCAUGGCAAAUUUCAAAAGCCACUUUAGCUGUAGACAAGCUUUGAAAGCACUACAAAAGAGUGAAAUACCCAUUGGGCACAUUGGGUUGCACCGCACAACAAAUAUCCUCUAAUUCACUUUGUUCAGGGCUUUUAUUUCAGGUGGUUAAUAUCGACAGAAGUAUUUGUGUCCUCACUGAAGCCAGGGAAAUUUUAUAUCAAAUAGAUUAUGAACCACAGAAUCUCACGGGGCUUGUAGAAUGUAAAAGCAAACUUAAAAUUCAUUUAUUUCCUUAUAUUGUACCUGAAAGAGUUGCCGUUUUGUGCCAAAUAAGAAGUUUCUCCAUAUAAAUGUAACCUCUGCCAGUAUACAAAAACCCAGGAUAAGCAGUGUGUCUGCAGGCUUCAGCUUCAAUCUUUCUGAUUUGAAUGUAAACAAACUCUCACUAGAUUUACAUCAGCCCUAGUUCUUGGAGGUCUUAUUCAAAACCUUGUUUUGCAUCUUAUUCCUGCUGCUGGUUAUUGUUGCUCUUCACUCACUGCCAGAGGUGGGCACCCUGUGAUGCUACCAAAGGCUCAUUAGAUGCACUUAUAACCACACAGUCCUCUGCCUUCGACUUUGAGCUUAAAUAUUUACUCAAAGAAGUUAGGUCAGAGAGCAGUCCUUGAAAAAGUAUUUAGAUGCUGUAUUAUGACUUAAAGCUUCUAUCAAGAAUUCAAUCCAACAUAUUUCACUUUGCUGCAACUUAGAAAGGCUUUGGCAGCAUAAUAAAGUUGGUUGUUUGGGUUGCCAGAUUUCCAGGAUAUUUCGAGCGCCAUUUUAAUCUCUUUGCACGGCUCGGUUUGAUCCAGAUCCAGCCCUUCAAAGCUAAACUUUGCAGUGUGUCCUUGACUCCUCUGUGAGUUUCUCCUCUACCCAUUGCCCACAUUAUGCCCGAGACUCCCAGAGGAACAGCAGUGGCUAAUCAGAGGAUAGAAUUUUGUUGUGCUGGGCAGCUCACAUUUGCCUGCUGUAUGUGCAGUAUGUCAGAGCGUAAGUAUCUCCCCUUCUUGCAGCUGCAACUUUAUAGGGCAAUGCCUUUCCUUAGAAUUAACUUCAUGUUCACUUACUUAUUAAAUAUGCAGUAAAGAACACUAUUGUAAUCCUUUUGGUUUGUAUGCUUAUGCUAAUACGUCACACUGAGGACAGACAGCUCUAUCAUGAAUAGAGAACUCUCAGACUGAGACAUUCAUAAGUGAAGUUGAACAACGAACACUUCUGCAUCGAGAAAAAGGAAAAGCUUUGUGGUUCAUAUUUUUCUUUGAUUGCUAAUUAAAUCGUUGUUGUUUGGAGAUUGGAGAGGUGGUUGAAAAGUUUGAGGAAAGCCUUUCUUCGGAAAUUUACUCUGCUGAUUUGAUCCCGUGACUCAAUUUUUAAUGAAUAGCUGAUAACCAACAUUUACGGUAAGCACUUUUCUGCUUCUUUUGUGUGCCUUCUGUUCAGGUGAGGAGGUGUACAUCAGCCUAUACGGGGUCUGUGAGGAAGUCAACAUCCAACUUGACCGUGACUUUGUGCUGCUGCCAAAGACUUACGUUUCCUUGGCCAGCGCCCAAACAGUGUCCCUCAUCAACAAGAGUGAUACACCUCUACAGUACUGUUGGACAACAUGGCCCAGCCUGCAAGAAGAGGCCCUGAACUUACUGAGGUGUGCACACGUAUGAUUUAAAUCUGAUGAUAAUUGAGCACAUUUACAAUUGUACUCCUCAGAUCUCUGAGCCUUUGGGUACAACAAAUGUUGUGGUUUUGUGUGGAACGUGGUUUUGAUAACAUUUCUUUAAGAAGUGCUGGCUGUGCAAGUUUCCUCUCUUACUGCAUUCAUGUAGCAAUUAAAAUGACCUGCUUUCUUUACUACAGAAUGUGUUUCCAGAAAUAGCCCAGGUGUCUAUCACUUUCUUUCCUGUCAGUAACUCUUUGUUCUUCUCUGUUCCUUUUUCUCUCUGUCCCUUCUCAUUUCCCUUUUUGUUUUUUUCCCUUCAUCCCCCCUCCCUUUGUUUUGUUCUCUAGGGGCAGCUCAGCACUCCUGCUGAAAGAGGAGGAGGAGAAGGAGCGAUUACUUUAUCUGUGUGAGUCUGAUCCAACAGCGAUCCAUCGCCUCCCGUUGCUGUCCAGAGCCUUGCAGGAACAGAGAAGCCAGGCUGUGAGGGACCACCUCCUGGCCUUCUCACACAACUGCAUAACUGUGGAACCAGCGGUUUGUCUGUGUUAUAUCCUCUCCUCCCCGCCCACUCAUAUGUUCAACGAAAAGUUCUCCUGGAUUUGUUUAGUGUUUCUCUUUGUUUAAGGUGUACUAUGUAGUAUUUAGCUGCAGUUAGCACAACCUUGAUAGAAAUGGCAGAGAUUGUUCAAAGGUACCUUUAAAUUGAUAUAUAAUCACAUAUUGACAUAUACAUGUUUCAGCUGUAGUUUCUUGGCCACCUAUACUUCGCUGACAGGAAGGGUCUAGAAUCUGACUGCUGGAUAUCACUUCAUUUUUCUAUUUCUACACACUGCACCUUUCCGUAUGAACACUAGCGGGGAUAUGUCUGACAAAUGUAACAUUUUAAUUAAUACCAAAUGCGGAUUCAGGGGCUCAUUUCCUGGCUCUUGAGUAAAUUGCAUGUUUAGCAUCACUACUUACUAUUUAAACAGAAGUGAGAAUCAAAAGUAAUUCUCUCUGAAAGAUCAAAUCUGUGUUACGACGUGUCUCUUAGAGUCAAGUUUCACUUUGUUGUUCAUACAGUCAUCCAGUCAGACUCCUCAAUGACAUGAGGUCAGGGACCGGGCCCUUUUGCUGCCCAGGGACCCUCAGGUAGCCUGACCUGUUCUGACACCCCUUCCCUUUUUCCUGCCAGUGUCUCCUCUGCUUAGCUCAGCCAUGUUCUUGCUCAAACUAGAGAGAGAGGAGGCAGGCAGGCAGGCAGGCAGGAAGGUUUGAGAGAGAGGGUGGGAGCUUGAGAGACAAAGCAAACAGUUUGGAGGCUAGUCACAACACAAACUUUGAGAGGGUAUUUGAGAGAGAAAAGUUCAGCAGUCUAGGUACACAUACUCCCACGUACCCACCCAAAAACACACAGACAUGUCAAAAAAUCACACUGCCUAUUAUUAGUGGGAGUUUGAGAGAGUUAAAGCGUGUUUACCCAAGUCAUAUCAUUGUAUUUGUAAGCUGUCAAACUAUAUUCUACCCUGAAACAACCACGGUUGUGUUAGUUAAAAAGUCACCUCUGAUCCUUUUACAUUAUGAGGUUCUUUGUCAUUUUUUCUUUCUGUGUAAUCAGCUGUAUUUGUUUUCUGUGAUAUGGCAAUAUGCUUUCUUUCUUGUCUUUACAUGGCCUAGGAGGGUGAAAUAUGGCCCAAUAUGACGGCACAGUUCAGCAUCAUCUUCAAGCCAGAUGAGGCCAAGCUGUACCAACACACCAUUUACUGUGAUGUCGCAGGUCAGUGUCCCGUCUAGAUGGUUCAACACUCCCUCAAAUUUAACAUAUAAAAGCACAGAAUUACAUUAAAUUUACAGUAUACUCAAAGCUAAGUCAUCAGGAUUAGGUUCACUGCCAGACAGUCAACAAGAAUGUAAACACAAACAUGAAUCUCAUGCUUAUGUUUUGUACCAACAAAUACUUUUUUUCAGGGAACAGAGGAUAGUAAUGUCAAUAGGUGGUCCUGCUACUUUGAUCAAUAGGGUUUGGGUCGAUUUGAGAUGGAUGGGGGUUAACAAUUUUGAUUCUUUGUGAAAAGUUUUUACAUUUAUUGAUCGAUGACCUAGCCAUAUGCUACAGCUAUUCAUGUUCCUUCAGGGUGAAUUUCCAUCAAUUUGCUGAUAGUUCAACAUAUAUCCGUCCUCAAGAAGAAGGUGUAAAAUUUGCUUGUACUUAAGUUUUGGUUAAGAUUACUCCAGCUCAAGAUAAUCAUAUUUUAAGCUUUUAAGAUUUGUAGAAAUAGUUAUGGGGGUCCUUUUUACCAUCAAAGUCCUCUGUCAGUACAAAUUACAAUUCAUUUUGCACACAACAUAACAUAACACUCUCUUCUUUAUCUUUGUCAAAGCAGCAAACAUAGAAAUAAUACUAAAUAAUAAUGAUUUUAAAAAAUGUUAUUUACAUUGCACUUUACAAUUCAGGCAACAAAGUGCUUUACAGUGUGCAAUUAAAACAGAACGAGAUACAAAGGCAAAUAACUAAAGCAUCCAAGCAGUAAAAUAGAUAUAGAAACAUACAUGUCUGUAAAAACAAAUGAUUAAAAGAAAUAAGAGUUUAUUUAAAAGCUAAAUAUUUUUCCCUGAGGAUUUUUGACAGGUUAACUCUUGGAACGCUGUCCCCAGUUGUCAGACCUUUUCAGACCUCCCUUUGCCGCACCAUUAAAGACUUGUUAGCACUCCGAUCCAGAUCUCUACCUCAGAAAUGUAGUUUUAGUUGAAGCAAGAAAUCAUCCACAAUUCUUUUGCUUUUGACUUCAAUGUGCAAAACAGAUAUAAGGUUUGUUCAUUUUCCCUGUUAUCAUAUUCUUAACACAAAAUCAAACAUCAGCAAGUAAAUACAUUUUACUCUGCCAGAGGUCUACUCUAGUGUAUAAACUUAUGGUGACAUUUCAAGUUACAUUUUCAGUUUUGGAAUAAGGAUAGAUUUAUUGACAGCUCUAGGUGAGGGUGGGAUUUGAGAUCAGCUUAGGUUGAAUGUCAAAAAAAGAAUCUGUUUCUAGUUUCCUGUUUCAUACAUUUUUAAAGUGACAUUCAUAACUAAAUACAACUUAUUUCUUGUACCAAAAACAGUUUGGGUGCACAGGACAGCUCUUCUCUGUUGUGUGUCUAUUACCAGCUGGGAUGGAAUGCUAAACUGCUUCAAGCAUGCUGCACCCUCCUCCUGUAAUAGAUGGCUUUGGCUUUUCAUAAAAGAAUCUCCUUCCCUCAGCGGGCUGUUGCAGACAAAGGCCAGACAGUCGUGUCAAAGUAGCAAACUGUGUCAGUCUGUUUGUAUGCUGUCAGAGGACAACUGCUUCUCUCAACAAAACCUCUUUAUUGUUUCCUGUCUUCAGUGUGUGAUGCCCACAACCAAACCUGGUUGGAGCUGUAUUAGUUGAAGAACCCCUAAAUCUGCCUAAAUGUUUAAACCACUGGACGACUCAAUGCUACUUGAUCUCAUUUCCAUAUUAGACGAUGCAGACAUGAGGCUCCAGUACAUUCAUUGCAUCCUGUUGGUAUUAAAAGGUUGUUUAAAAAUUUGCAUGUGGCCCUCACGUGUGUUGUGUAAGCCGGAGGCCAGAUUUACAUGAAUUUUCAUGUUUUCUGAAGCAGGUGAUGACCUGACCAGCCAAGUUCAAUGACAACAUCACAGCAGACUACUGUUCCCCCAUUUCUCACUUUGCAGAAAACCUUAGAAGCUUACUAAGCAAAACUGAUAGAAAGACCUUGCAUGCCCUUAAACAACUUUACAGGCAGACAUCUAUAGAGGCUGCAGCAAAGCCAGUGUUUAGCAAGCAUUUAGGUAUUUUGUGUGUGUGGAAUAUUUUUUUUGAUGCAGCACUUUUAAUGAACAUAAAAGCGCAUUUAUCAAUUAAAAACAUUUUGAAAGAUUGCAUCAGUUAAUAUAUCUUCAUGUUCUAAUGCCUCUUGCUUCUACAUUUCUAUUUUACUGACUCUGUUUGUCUUUUUCUGUAAGGAAUGGCAGGAAUCCCUCUUCAUGUAUGGUUCUUUGUUUGUCUACCUUCAGGCUGUGAAUCUCGCUUACCUCUGACAAUAAAGGGUGAAGGUUUGGGACCCCAACUCCAGCUCAGCUAUGACCUGAUGGACAUGAAAAACGUAUUCAUUGGGGGCAAAGACACCUAUGAGGUAAGAAAGCUUAAUUCAGGGUAGACUGUAAAGGUAUUUAUGUUUAUCUUGGUUCAGCCAUAGUGAAAAACAGAACAGCAUUGAUACAUUGCACAAACAAAAUAAUGUACUGUCAAAAUGAAUAGUGUUGAACAAUUUGAUAUCAAAUGCCAUAGAAGUUUUGACGUUUGAUCCCUAAACUCUCCUUUGUGUCCUUGGGCAAGACACUUUAUCCACCUUGCUCCGAGUGUGUGUCCUCCACUGGUGUAUGAUUGUGUGUAAUGGUGCUCAAAGAAGUCGUAGGUGCAAAUUGGCAGCCAUGUUUCCAUCAGUCUGUCCCAGGGCAGCUUUACCACCACCAGGGUGUGUCCGUGCGAGUGAAUCAAUGAUGUAUCCAAUGAAAAGCGCUUUGAGGGCCACUGAAAAAGCACUAUAAAAAUCUGUAUAUAUAUAUCCAUAUAUAUAUCUAUAUAUAUACACUCACCGGCCACUUUAUUAGGUACACCUGUCCAACUGCUCGUUAACACUUAAUUUCUAAUCAGCCAAUCGCAUGGCGGCAACUUAGUGCAUUUAGGCAUGUAGACAUGGUCAAGACAAUCUCCUGCAGUUCAAACCGAUCUCUUCCCGUGAUGUGAUGUUGUAGAAAAUCAGUUGUGUCAUUCACAGUUUGUCUUCUCUGACUAUAGAGCUCAAAUGGAUAAUUCACCAGAUUGAAGUCAUUUCAAGGGCUUUCAGAAAUAAUGAGUUUGUUUUGAUCAAUUAAUUUCAUUCUUCGUGAUUCCUUCUUCGUAAACAAGAAGGAAUCACAGCACAUAACUGGAGUAAUCACAAAAAAUUAUGUUUUGUUUCAUACAUCUGGGUGGAAAUUGUGGGGGAAUAUAUUAUCUCCUCUCUUUCUUAAUCGUACUCAGAAGAACCUGCACACGUAAACACACACACACACACACACACACACACACACACACACACACACACACACACACACACACACACACACACACACAAACAUACAGAUGUUCUUUGGUAAGCCUAUAUUACCUCUGCAACAGUAUGAACUGCAGUUCAGUGUUUCAUUUUAGCAUAAAACUACUAUUUUAGCUGUUUAAAAGCUGCCUGUGAAACACAUUGGGCUCUAUUUUCGUGAUUCUCCGGAGACGUGGUGCACGCGUGGCGUAAGUCAGGUCCGCUGCACCGACAAGGCAUUCCCAAGCACAAUUUGGUAUUUUGGUGAGCGGCGCAACCCGGCAUAAGUAUCCCCCCUCCCUAACUCAGCUCCUCCCAGCAGCGUAAGUCGUAGCGAGGGAGGAGAGAGGGCGUGGAGUGGGUUUAACACAGCCAAGACCUGUACUGACCAAUAACAUCAAUAGGCGUAUUACUAUUUUCGUGAAGUAGUCAAAGAGUUCAAGAGUAAGACAAAAAUCCUUUUCCACAAAUAAAGACACUCACAUAAAGUUGCACAUAUUCAAACCUCACGUGACAAAGGUGGGUUGUGUGCAGAGAUCACAUCAGCAGUCCAACUGCUAUAAAAAAAGAAUUGCAAGGUAAUCAUUUGACCUUUGCGACAUAAUUAGACACUGCUGGUGAGAACAGUAAACAGAGCCUGCAUGCAGUGUAUGGGAGAAAGAGAGACAGAGUUAAACAGGGGGAGACAGGGAAAGCAGAGGUCCUGUGUGUGUGUGUGUGUGUGUGUGUGUGUGUGUGAAUGUGUGUGUGUGUGUGUGUGUGUGUGUGUGUGUGUGUGUGUGUGUGUGUGUGUGUGUGUGUGUGUGUGUGUGUGUGUGUUGGACUGAAGGGGCUCAGUGAGGUGAUCGGGUCAAAGUAGUAGCAACAAAGUUAGAAUAUGAGAAAAAGUGAAAUUGAAAAAGGGGAAAUUAAGAAAAACAAAAAGUCAGUCAUUGCUGACUGGGUAAGUUUGUUCUGCAAAAAUUGAAGAUAAAUGCAAUAAGUUUUAAUUAGAUUAUCUCAGAGCCUGUGGUUAAUUAUCAAUGCUUUUUAUCACCUGAUAGCACCUAAUAAUUCACAUUACUCACAUUACUACUUUUUUGAUAGUGGGGCAAAGAUUUGACAUGUUCAUUCAUUGGAUUUUUUUCUUUUCCAGGUCAUAAUGUGGAACACAGGCUUGACUGAAGCCCCUUUCAGGUUGUCAAGCCCUGACACCACCUUUGGAUGCUGUUUCUCCUUCAGCCCUGAGGAAGGUGUUGUUCCCUCUGGGGCCAGCCAGAUUGUGACAGUGACCUUCCACAGUCAAAUCUUGGGAACUUUCUCUGAAGACUUGCUGCUAACUGUCACAGGACAGCCCCAGCCACUUACCUUGACUUUCAGGUGAUGUUAGGGGAUAAUCCGUCUCAAAAUGGAAUAGAACAUUAAGCUUAAACAAAACCAGUAUUGGAGAGUGUACAUGUUCCUCUUAACUUAGCAGCCUUUAAAGACUCUGGGCUCUAUUUUCGUGCUUUGGCGGAGACGUGACGCAGGUGCGGCGUAAGUCAGAUCCGCCGCGCCGACAAGGCGUUCCCAAGCACAAUUUGGUAUUUUGGUGAGCGGCGUUAGUAUCCCCCGUCGCCUUUGAAUCUGCCACCGUCGAGGCGUAUUACUAUUUUCGUCAAGUAGUCAAAGAGAUCAAGAGAUGUCUGAAGACAGCAAUGCCACACAGUGGCGACGGAAGGCAGCCCCUCAACAAGUGUCGCUGUAAACGCUGCAGAGGGCAUCCAGAGGGCAGCUGAUUCUAUUGACACAUCCCUCUGCCACACCACCACGCCCAGCUUGGCGGACCUUGUUGCGCCUCAGUCCACAAAAAUACCAAACUUGCUGUACGCCAGGCUCCACCAGACGAAAAUACCACUGCGGGGUGUCCGCCACCCUCCGCCGCCUCACCAGCGGACACGAAAAUAGAGCCCUCUGUGUUGUUUCAAAUCAUUCUCAAUGAUCAUGUCUUUGUCUUCUCUUUCAGGGGUUGUGUCAUUGGUCCCAUAUUCCAUUUUAAUAUUUCAGAGUUUAAUUUUGGAACUGUAGCCUUUGGUGCGUUAAUUUUUACCUUUGUUACAUUCUUGUCAUCUUCAUUUUUUUUUUUACCUUACUUAUCUUGGUCAUGUGUCUAUACCCUCUUGCCCAGGCUUCCCGCAAACAUUGGUUUGUACCCUCUUCAACACCUCCUUUGUGCCUAUGACCUUUGGCCUACGUGUUCUAGGAGAUGGAUCAGGGUCUCCAAGUGUGACUUCUUCCACAUGGCAGGGCAGCACCACUAAAGACCUACGUGGACAUCCUGUGGAGUUUACCAUCAGCCCUGCAGCAGGGUCUGUGCGUGCUUUGUCAAAUAUCACCAUAAAGGUAACGUAAAAUAACAAGUAGAAGGAGAGCCAUUUAAUUUAAUUUUCCUGUUACUGCAACAUAAUAAGGGCCUGUAGUCUGUCUGUUCAUGUUUCAAACCUGAUUCAAAAAUGUGGCACAACUAUUGAUAAGAGUGGCAUCCAUACAUUUUCAUAAUUCUAGACAUAGUAUCAAAAUAGUUGACUAAAUAAUAUAAGAUAUACCUUUAUUAGUCCCACAGGGAGAAAUUUCAAAAAAUACAACAGCAGAGAUACAAAUACAAAAGAGAAAUUAGAGGAUAAAGAAACUUAUAUACAUGUGUACAGCAUAUACAUAUAAAAAUGGUUUCUACACCUUAGAGUUUGCGGAGCUGCUGUAAAGGGCUGUCGUUUGUCCAGCACUGGAAGCCCGGAUAACAGAUAGAAAACAGAUAGAUCUCAAAGAAACAGGAAUGACAAAAUAGUUUCCUUGCAACCGAGGGGUGAAAACUUAGGCUUACCUUUAAGGCCCUAUCAUUAACUGCAGAACUAGAAGGUGAUUCACUUCUUAUAUAGGCUCUCAAUACAAGAAAACGGCCUGGAACUGUUCAAAACAAACUAAACACUAAUUAUCUAACUAGCCAGUCAUAUAUGCAUACUGUAUGUACAGUAUAUAGUGCAUAUAUGCACAAAAUUAUACCCCCACAUGCUCCAUUGUUAUGUUUUGCACACACAUUUUUGACAGAUGUAGGGUUGGUAUCACUCUGCUCUAACUGACUUCCUAUGCAUUUAAGCUUUUACCCUAAUAUGUUCAGUGCAGUUUGGCUGCAUGUUUUUUCCUGUAUUUAACACUCAUUUUUACUUUAACUAAAAGCAGCAAACACCUACUGUUCCCCCUUAGGGUCACAGUUGUGAAUAUGUGGAAUACUUAAUCCGAACAUGUCAUCUCAUUAGUCUAUGUUUGUGUAAUUCAACAGUUGACACUGUGCUCCAACACGGUCAAGAGAUACAGGCUGGCACUGGUUGUGGAUAUUGAGGGUGUUGGUGAGGAGAUCAUGACUCUGCCUAUAAAUGCAAGGUGAGUCACAAAAACGUCAGCUUACCCUCAAGUUUUAAUGCACGUGCAGACUUGUGCAUACUGGCACAAAAGUUAGAGGUCUUUCAGGAUCUUUUGCAAGUUGUUUAAAUUUUACUAUCUUUUGUCCUGUUAGGAUGGAAUAUCAUCUCUUUUUCAAAGUGAGAGCCAAAGUUUAAAGCAGCUCUUGAUGUAGAAUGUGUAACAACUGUGACAAGACAGUAAAAAAGAAGAGGUUCAUCCUCCUUUUACAAAGUAUGCUCUCUGCCUCUCAGACAGUGAAGUGGCUUUUUUUCUGGCAAUAACUUCUCCUGUGCAAACCCUUGUCGCUGAUGCUUUGACAGGCAGUGAAUGUGGGCCAUUGAACUUCUAUACAGGUGUCGACAAAUCAGUGAAGUAUGUGUUAAAUAUGCAGAAGCUAAUUUGCAUAAUAAUACAUUGGAAUGUCACCUGCGCCAUCACUCAGAAUGGGGCAUCGGAAUCUGACUUCCUCAUGGCAAUCACAGUCAUUGUAAAUUUAUGAAUCAGCUCUAAUUAAUAGGCUGCGGUUUUGGCAUGGAGCAAUGCAAUUACUGUUGUUACUCAUAAAUGAGCCUUUCUUCUCUGCUCCUCUCUCUAUCUGCCACUGCCUUUAUUUCUCUUUGUUUAUAGAUGUGUUGUCCCUGAUGUUGUCGUGGAAACUCCAGUGUUGGACUUUCAAAGGUGUUUCCUUAAUCAUCCCUAUAAACAGCAAGUGAAACUGACCAACACUAGCUCUCUGCCUGUGUGCUGUGGCUUGCUUGACCAGGUAGAGUACAUCAUCACAAUAAAUUAUUUACGCGUGUGCGUGUGUGAACACUGUAAGUGGCAAAUGACAGGAAUGUGUCAUCAACAAGAAGCACAAAAGCUGUCAAAGCUGACAGGCAUGCAUAACUAAAUUGAAUAAUUUAGAUGACUGGCUGAUAUCCAGCUCAGUACAGCAAAGGUCGAGGUGACCAACAUGACCACAAUGUUAUUCCUUUAAAAAGAGGCUAGACGGUUAGGACGGGUCAUUCUUUUCUCUUGCAUGGAAAAGUCAAGAUGUAAAGAUAGAUCCCAGUUUCAGAGCUAUACCUUAAAGGGAUAUAUUGUGGCGUAAAUUUAAGUAAAUUUCUUGGUGUAACCAGGCAAAGCUAAAAAGAUAUUUGAUGGCUAGUACUAUGGCUGGGACCCUUUAUAAACUGUUGAUGAAAUUAGCUGCUGUUCUGAGCAUUAUUUGUGGCCAUCCUGCGGUCAUUGCUGAAGUUGGUAUAACUAGAGAAGCAAGCAGAUGGCAACAUUCAUCCCUCUCGAGGGGGGGUCUAACUCCAUGUUACAGUGUGUUUGACCCUAACUUAAAUUUACGCCAGAAUAUCCCUUUAACUCUCACAGCCCUCAAUAAUGCCAGGUGUUGGGUAUGUGAGUCCACAUCAGCUUGAAACAGAGAUAAUAAUAAGCAACAGGACACACCUUCAGGAUAUCAUGUGUGGCCUGAAAGUAAGCAUUAAAUGACAAUCAAAUUUAUUGCAGCAAAUACAUAUUAACAUAAUUUAAACACAUUUUAACCAUAAAUGCCAUCCCUGUACAUAUCUUUAAUUGAAAAACAGCAUGUUUACUAUUAUGCAACUACAGCAGUUCUUACAUCACUGGCCAUGCUAGCUUUAUAAUUUUUUGUCCAAACUUGAUCAAACACUUUUUCAGUAUGCAUUUUCAACAUUUUUCAGGGGAUGUGACAAAUCAUUCCUCCUAUCACUAACUUUCACAAUGAACUCUGAGCAAGCCUCACAGGAAAGUUUGCUGAUAUGUAGACUCAUGAAAUUUGAAAAUGGAGCCUUUUUGAUCAAAAAUUUAAUCUGAAAAUAAAAAAAACCUUUGGAUAUGAUUCUCAAUGACCCAUUAGCCUUUACUUUUUGCUGUACUAUUUGUUGGCAUGGAGACUUCCUGAAGUGCUAAGCUAGGCUAAUAGUCUCCUGGCUCCAGCUUCACAAUAACUGCUUAGGCAGGGUGAUGGUAUUGAUCUUCUUUUUGGGCUCCUGGAAGAAAUAAAACAACUGCAUUUCUUGAUAACAGUAGGGCUGUCUCAGUAAAAGCAGUUAGGUGUAAGUGUAAUGGAAUAUUUUUAGACUUUUUUACCAGUUUAACAGGGAGAAACUACUUUACAUACAUAAUUGAUAAAGAACUAAGUACUGGCUUGUAAACAACAUAAAUGAACUAAUAAGCCAAGACUGAAGUCAAUAGGUCUGCAAGCUGGCAAGUAUUCACUGGACUUUGUUAAAAAAGUGGUCAAGAGGAGGUGAAUUUAAUUAAAGGACCUUUAGGAGACUUGUAUGUAUAUAUAUAUAUAUAUAUAUAUAUAUAUAUAUAUAUAUAUAUAUAUAUAUAUAUAUAUAUUUGAUUUAUCAGUAGAAGCUGUGUCUAUGUGCCUGCAAGAAAAAAACAUUAUUCCCAUCUGUGUCACAUCAUGCAGACACAUGAAGAAAGUCCAUCACUGGUUUUUGGGAGUCCCGAACCCAGAGGUGUUAUUCUUCCUCAUCAAUCCAAGAAGAUUCCUGUGUUCCUGCUCGCUAAAGCUUUAGGAGAACUGCACAACACUCUACGCAUUGCAGUGUUUGGCAGCAUCCAACCACCACUGGUCAGUUCAAUUCUUUUUGAAUACAAUAUUUAUGACUUAAACCUGAGUCGAUUGACUGAAAUAUAAAUAUAGUGUUUUUCCUCCAAAUUGAAAAACUCUAAAAGCUUUCAACUUCUUUAUUUUUUAUUUUAGGUGGUGUCUUUGUCAUGUAUUGGACAGGGACCAAUAGUCCAUGUCCAGAAUCCACAGUUGGACUUCGGGACUAUCCCAGUUCUGACAGACAUUGCUAGGGUCCUGCACCUGUCAAACCAUUCACCCAUUCCAGCUUGCUUUACUGCAAGAGUGGUAAAAACACACAGUUUGAUAAAAUCAAACCUCUGCGCACACACAGAGAAUUCCUUCAAAUAUAACUCGUUUUCUAUAGAUAUUAUUAAAUACACACAAAUAUCUACUAAUUUUGUGGCUAGAUUUAUGAGCCUUUGAGUCAGAUUAAUAUCAUAAUUAAUUAAUUCCCGCGGAAUUGAUGACCCAUUUCAACUGCAUCCGGUUAAUACUUGUAAAGUGAUUUUUUAAUGGUUCUCAUUCUAGAUUGACGAUAGGCCAUUUGUUUCAAUUCCUUACAUUUAAUUGAUGCUUCAGCAGCUCACAAUCAUGAACAUUGCACAAAUGAGAAAUUUUAGUCCAUUUACUGCCUUCACAGCUGGGUUUUUUGGCAUAAACAUGCACACCUCAACUGUGUGCUGAAAAUUUUAUGUCGGUCAUGCUUAACCAUUUCUCAAAAUUGGAUGAUAAUGAUCCAUUAACCAGCCUUCAUUGUGCCUACUCAGUAUAAAAUUAAACCUCUUGACACUGUGCAUCUGUUUACCAGCACUGCCUGAUAUACAUUAAACCUGUUCCUUAGUAUUGUCUCAGCUUCCGUACACAUGACCAGAGUGCACACAUAAAUUUAAAAACACACACAAGGAACCCCAGCAGAACUGCAGUUGGAUGACCCUGUCCUCUCCUCUAAGACAGUGUUGAGGGAAGGAGUUUCCCUCCUGCUCUCUUCAGCACCAAUCGAUGCUGAUUCUCCUGGAAUUACAUUACAUUUCGCUCAAUAGGCUGGCGGAGAGCCACACAAAUAGACACGAUUGCAGAAGAUUGCAGGGAUAUUGCGGAAGCUAUGCACACUUGCAUCUCUUUUUGAUAGUCAUCAGUGAAAAAUACCUUGUAGACCAUUUAAACACCCAGCAAGUUAUCUGGUGACUAGAAACAGCAUGUAUUGAUUUGGUUGUGCUAAUAUAAUAACUGACAGGAGAACUGGCUGCAGUGGUGACUGCUGCAUCAGCCCAGGAUAUGCAGUUUGAUAUACUGUUGAUGACUGAACAACACACCACACUGAUUUGGAUUCCAAGCCCUUCUUGACCUGUGCUGCAUUCAAAAGCAAUCAAUGCUAAUGCAGCCGGUUUGAUGUGAUUAUUAAGAUUCCAGUCGUCUUGCUUUUCUCUCCAGGGAGUCAACCCUGCUGAUCGUACUCCUUUACUGGCCCCACCCACUUCUUUACCAUGAUCACCCUUGUAUCGACCCACAUCAAGUUCGCUUUCACCAGCUCCUUUACCUCAUAAAACAAGCACUGAGAAAGUGAUCUAUGACUCCUGGAGACACAAAUUGGUCAAGUGUUGCCUGUUAUUGUGAAACAUUUUCUUUUUUUUACCUUUGUCCACGGAGCUUUCCUAAAGAACAGAAGCAUCAGACUAAAUUCUUAUAUUUUAUACAUCCAGCAUCAUUUCAGUGCAGCUUUUUCUUCAAACACAAAUGUCAGUUGCAGAAUAUGAAGACAUUUUUCUCCAUCGAUCAGCAAUCUGCUGUGCUGUUCUAAAGGCAGAGAAAAUCACUCAGGCUUCACUGCAUCUGUGGGACUCUCAUUCUCAAAAUACAAAUUAAAGUUAAUGUUCCAGCCAUCCCUCGACAGAGAUGCUUUAUAGAACAUUGAUUGUGGUUCCAACCGCUGCGUAGUCAGAUAUAUAUAGCACAGUGAGCACAGUGAAGGGCUUUGUUGGAACACUGGACAUGAAUGCAAGAUUUACAUCUGUUUUCUCAUUACGUCUGACUUCAUUCACACAAAGUGCACAGUACUAUGAAAUAAAAUUAAUAUUGAGGGUGUUUUUGCAGACAUCACUUUUUGUGCUCACAUGAAAGAUGGUAUAAAAAUGAGCAAUUCAUAUUUUUGAACCAUCCACAUAUUCCAAAAAUAUUUUUACAUCGGAUCAAAUUAUUGUAACCUGUCUGUUUAUCUUCAUACAUAAUGAUAGCUAUGUUCUGUUUCAAGAAAGUCAGACAGGGAGCCCCUGCACUACCGUAACUCUAGGAUCACAUUCUGCAGACUUGUUAAUGUAAUCAUCCUGUUACUUGAGAUACACAUCAGUCUUUUCAUGUCCAUCCAUGGCUUUAGUCUCAAUGCUAUGUGCUGCACAAGUUUAGGGAAAGUGCACCCACAAGGGAGACAUCUCCAUGGAUCACAUUUCAGACAUGCACCUUGCUAUAGUAACAGUUAUGAACGAUGCUACAAAUGCAAAGACUGUUUUAAGAAGUUCUCAUCAGGUAAGGAGUAUGGAAGGACUCAGUUUGUUCCUCUGUUUCCUCAGUGUCAUAAAAAAAGCUUCUGGUAUGUUGAGCCCAGCGAGGGGGAAUUGCCACCAGAGAGCCAGCUGGAGCUUAAGGUAGUAGCUCAUCUGAAGGACACUCUGCUCUUCCAGGCCAGGCUGGAGGUAUCCAUACAAGACAGUCAAACACACAACAUCCCUCUGUCUGCUACAGGCACUGGCACAACAAUUGUCAGUGACAGGCCUUUAGGGCCCAGGCUUGAGCUGGGAACAUACCUAAGGUAGGAUAAAAAAGGUCAUGGCCAUAAGUCUGAGUUUACUGUAAGACCAAACAUUAGCUUUACUAACAGUAUGCUACAAAUUCUUGCUGUCCUCUUUAUGUCCCAUAAGCCAUGAGACAUGUCAGUACCACUUUAAGUUGACCAACCAUGGCCAGCGAGUCCACCUACUGUACUGGAGCAUGGAAAGCCCCCUACUCUCACCAAAACCUCGCAAGGGAAACUUGUCCGGCAAAACCACCCAGCCCCCAAUCUCUGCUCCUAGAACGAAGGACACCCAGGACCUACCCUCACCAAAACCUUGCAAGGGAAACUUGUCUGGCAAAACCAUCCUGCCCCCAAUCUCUGCUCCUAGAAAGAAGGACACCCAGGACCUUACACCCUCGCUUUUCAUUAGCAGAGAUCAGCCAGUGUUCAGUCUCAGUCCUGCUCGUGUGGAGCUUUUCCCAGGCUGCUCUGUUGACAUGGUGCUGACGGGAACCUCUGACUCUCCCAAGGUGAGACAGUUCACUUGCAAUUCCAAUUGCAAAUAUAACAAAUCAGUUUUUUUCAGUGCAGCCAUUGUGUAUUUAUCUGAUUAGAUACAUGUUGUCGUUUAACACUGAAUAUCUAGGACGUAAGGGAGCGAUUGGUGUGCCGUGGCAUUGUAGGUCAGAGGGCCUCUAAUGAGCACAUCAUGUCUGUGGAUGUUAACUGUCGCUUUCUGGCGCCUGUGCUCAGCUUUUCUUCCAAACAGCUGAACUUUUACACUGAAAAGGUGGGUCAAUGGAUCUUAUUGUUGUAUGCUUGAUGUUCUUUGGAAUGAUGUUGCAUGAUUGUAAUUUAAAUCAAAUAGCUGACUUACACUUUGGCCUAACAGCAUGUGAACAUCAGUUAUUGUGUCACAUUGCUCUGCAUCACACAGCAACAGAUGCUUGCUGUCCACUGGUCAUCUUUUAGGACACUUUUGUCAUGUCAUGUAAGCAAACCACUCUGGUACGAGGGGUAUGCAGGAGACCCGUAUGACUUUUCCAAUGUGUAGGCUUGCAUUUUAUGAUUGUGGUAAGUUAGUAUACUCAAAUAUGAAGCACGGUCACCCAGCUCAUUUUGCUGCUGGCACUUGCCCAUGUCUUAUGCUAAUCAGAUUUUGGGCUCUAUUUUUGUGCUUUGACGGACACGUGGCGCAAGUCAGGUCUGCCACGCCGACAAGGCGUUCCCAAGCACAAUUUGGUAUUUUGGUGAGUAGUGCAGCCCGGCUGAAUAUCUCCCCUCCCUAACUCAGCUCCUUCCAGCGGUGUAAGUCGUAGCAAGGGAGGAGAGAGGGCGUGGAGUGGGUUUAACACAGCCGAGACCUGUAUUGACCAAUAACAUCAGCUCCUCUUCUUGCCUUUAAAUCCGCCACCAGCGAGGCGUAUUACUAUUUUCGUGCAGGAGUCAAAGAGAUCAAGAGAUAUCUGAAGACAGCAAUUCCACACGAUGGCGACAGAAGGCAGCCCCACAACAAGUGUUGCUGUAAGCGCUGCAGAGGGCGUCCUGCACACUGUCCCAUAGACGAAAUUACCACUGCGCGGGGUCCGCCAACCUCCGCUGUAUCCCCGGCGGACAUGAAAAUAGAGCCCAUGGUGUAAAACGCUUACAACUUUGUAAAGGCUCAUGGAUACUGUUUUACUUUGUCUGAUUCCACCUUGUACAAACUAACUAAUCAGACUUUUCCAUAUUUCUUUGUCUUCAAACAGUUCUUUGAGCUUUCACAUUCAUUGAAAAUCCUUACAGGUUCCAGGAGAGAAUCUGGUGCCCCUGUAUGAGAAGCUGGUACUGAAAAAUGUGUCCUCUCUGCCACUUUCCAUGGAGCUCUCUCUUGUAGAGCCGUUCUCUUUCUGUGAGACUUCAGAAGCCUUCAGCCCUAUGACCACAAAGGUAAACAUAACUACCCUUUACCUAACUCUUCAUUAUUAUUUGUCUUAUAUAUUUUUUCAUAUCCAGCCUCAGUAGGGAGAAACAAUGGAUUUCGGUGGCAUACAGUCUUUUCCACAAUAAAAAUUUUCUUUAACUUAUGUUAUUCCUCCAGAAAGUGAUGUAUUUAGAAAUAAUCACUGACCAUUUGUUUGGUAUUAAAGGGAUAUUCCAGUGUAAAUUUAAGUUUCCAAAUCUGCAUGCGCAAACCUCAACCAAAAAGCCACUCUAUUGUCACAAAUAAUGCUCAGAACAGCACCUAACUUAACAUAUAGGGUCCCAGCCAUAGUACUAGCCAUUAAAUAUCUUUUUUAGCUUUGCCUGAUUUUUUUAGCAAAGAGACUAAACACAACUCACCCACUCUCCUCCAGCAGCCGCUUGUUUGUGGGAGAACCCUGACGAGUCGAUCACUGGGAGCAGUGGAUCAUCAUAAUAAUCAUUUUGCACUGCAGACGCGGUAGAGCUACUGCCUUAGCAUCUCGGUCUGAUUGGAUUUCCAUGAAGUAAUGAUCAUAAAUGUUCUUCCUUGAGCUGCAAAACUCCACUGCACUUGGUGAUCGACUCGUCAGGGCUCCCUCACUAAAAAGUGGCUGCUGGAGGAGAGUGGUUGAGUUGUGUAACCGCUCAGAAACUCUAAAUGGAAAGUAAACCUUAGUAGGGACUUUUGGAUUUGUGCUUCAAACCUCCUGGAGAGAAUGUUUUUCAAGUGCAACAGUAGUCGAACUUUUUUUGUUCAAUUAACCUUGAAAAUAGGAAAAAAACCUUUUAGCUGAUGAUCAAACUGUGUCGCAUGUUUCCAAGCCUGAUUAGAAAAAACUUGAUAUCUGAAUCAUGUUUUCUGGAUAAGAUGUUCUUUACCUCUCCUAACCGAGCAUUUAGAUGCUUUGCACUUAGGGGCAUGACUUAUUAUGAACAUCUCUUAUUACUGUGAUAGAAUUUCAUUUUAUUCCUACCCAUCAAAGAGAUUUUUAUUUUAUCACAGCCCUGCCUCCCAUUGCAAGAGUUGAUUAAAAGCAGGAUUUGAAUCCACAUUAAAAAGGUUUCAUGCCUCAGGCAGGUCUCUGAUGGAAGCGAAAAGAGAGGCGAGGUUUUUGAUAAGCCUGUGGCCCAAGGCAGGAUUACAACAAACCUUUCAUUAACCUGUGGAAAGGUUUUGAAAGGGUUUGUGGACUCGUGCUACGGGAGUCAUCAGAUGAAAAAUAUGAUGUCAUGAUAUUUUAUUAAGCAUACAAAAGAGAAAAAUAAAAAGAGAUAAAUAAAAACCCUCAAAAGAUUGAUGAUUUUUUUAUACUGUUUUUAUACUGUGUGUCCUUUUCCAGUCCAUGGUUUUAGGUGAUGGAGGCCAGGCUGAGUUGUGGGUGUGCUUCAAUCCAGCUUUCUGUCAAGAUCGGGUAUCACGAGUGGUUGAUCAGGUAAUAGAGAUGUUUUUUUUUUCCUCUCUAGUUCUUAAAGUCUUGGAUUAUCUUCAGGGGCGAUUUUAGCAUCUGGUCUUUAGGGGUGCUCAGCCCCCACCCCAGUGUUGACAGAGCCCCAUUGCUUUUCACUAAAUGAGGCCUACGAGUACGUUUGUAAAUGUUGGAGCUGUAUUGGUUUUGCUUUGAGUGUGAAUUCCUUCAAAUUUGCACAUUACAUGAGCCAUGCCCAUAGAAAAACCAGUUCCAUUUUCUUACAUACAAACAAUAGAACAAAUAAUAGAAAAUAAAUUAAAUGGUCAAUAAAAUACUUCACCUUAAUGCACCCUAAUGCAUUCUUGAGCACAAACCACACCCUUUUUAAUCACCUAAUAACAUCUAGAAUGUCUUUUAUUAAAAAAAAAAAAAAAAAAAUCCACAUAUUAUUUUGAACAAUGCAGGUCUCUUUCUGUGUGGAUUAAUGAAUGGGCCUAAAGUGACAAAGGUGGGUUGUGAGCAGAGAUCACAUCAUAAAUUCCAAUAAUGGCAUUAAAAUCGGAACCAUCUGUGCGUAAAUGACGCAUCGCCCUCCAUGGCCUGGCUCUUUCUUUCAUAGAUGUUGGCAUAUAAAAUACAUUUGGCUCACAAAACUGAAUAUUAUAAUAUCUGUAUGUCGGCUUAAAGUAGAUAACUCAUCUGAUCACUGAAACAAAUCAUCUGUUCAGCUGAGAGGACACGGAGACAUGUCCAGGUUGAGCUGCGCGAGAAAUAAGAAGGAAGAGGAAGAAUUACAUAUCUCGUUCACUUCAUCAUGUGUGUCUAUUUACUAGAUAUUUAAUUUAAUUUAAUGCGGUUUCAGCUUUGUUGAUUCGGUCAGGUCGUGUGUCCAAACCUGUGCCAAACGCGCUCAUCAGAUCAGAUAUAGAUCAGAAUAUAUCUAUAUAGAUCUAAAUGUAUGUGCUGACUCAGAUUAUUAGUUCUUGAUGAUUAUUUAUUUCACUAAAAUGUGCCUGACACUGUGGAAACCUGCCAGUGAGGCAUCAGUGACGUAUGCCGAUACGCUGCAGGUCUACCAAAAUACCACUAGACCAGCUGCGCUCCGCCACCUCACCGGCAGACACAAAAUUUGAGCCUUUAGUCUCAAGUCUGUGAUUACAGAUGAGGGAGUUACUCGCAUUAAAUGAGAACAAACUCUGUUUGCUGCAAAAUGAACAUGUUAUAUAAAUGUUUCUGGUCACAUGGAUUUCUUCACUUGACAUCUUUAUCCAGUUCCUUGAGGUGUACUACCCACAGCAAGACAUGGUGGAGCUGCAUGCUGAAGUCCAUUUUCCCAACCUCCACUUCUCCUCCACCACAGUAGAUUUUGGCUGUGUACUAAACUGCACAGAGACUCAGAAAGUCAUCUUAGUCACUAACUGCUCCCCACUGCCAGUGUCUUACCAGUGGGCUUUCCUGGAGGACCACUGCACCAUGGGGUAGGUUGAAAAUAUCCACAC